AAUCGGAAAUCGGAGGCCGUAGAAUGGCGAAUUGACGAUCCCGCCCAUCCUUGGGCACGCUGAGGUCUCUCUCUCUUCCUACGACGUACUACUCUCUAGUCUCUACCAUUUUCCAAUCAAAAUAUUUAAUUAUAAUUUUUUUUUAAUUAAAUAAAAAUAAUGCUACUGAAAAAACUUUCUAAAUUCUUCAACCCAUUCACAAAUUUCAGCGGCAAUACUCUUCUUUAUCUCACUCUCUAUAUUUCCCCCCUUGUCUCUCUCUUUCUCCCUAAACCCAUUAUGUGUCUCGGAUUUCGGAGAUUGACUCACCGGACUGCUGAAGAUUUUCGAAAGAGUUUAGGAUCACGCGAUUUCUCCGAUUCUGCUGCAUUGUGGUCGGGUUAAUUUGUUCCGGGAGCUUCUUUUUUUUUCUUCUUUCUAGAACUGGGGUUUUUGUUUUCAGUAAAGUGGAUGGAAUGGCAAGGGAGCAACUUCUUCUUUUUGUUUUUGGACAUUUUGUUUUGAUUUCGUUUGGUGAGGUUGUUUUGAACUGAAGCUGGGUGGUUUUGCGAUUAGGGUUUUGUGUGGUUUUGGGAGAGAUGAAAGAGGGUCUAAGAUCUGGUACGCGUUAUGCCAAGUCUGACAGUAGUAAGGAUUUUGUGAACCGAGUUGUUGUUGAGAGUACAGGACAUGAAGGGAAUCAUGCGGGUUCUGAAUCAGGGGAUGAGAAAGUAAAAAACUUGGUUUUUUGUGGUCCUAAGCCUGAGAAAGAGUCAUUGGUGAAUGAGGUGCUUGAAGAAAGUGGUGGACCUGGUGGUGAUGAGGGUCGUUUUGAAAAGGUUGAAGAGCUAUCAGAUGAUGGGAGGAAGAGGAAGAGGGCGGAUGGUGCUGUAGACAUUGGCAGUGAUGGUGUUAGUGCUGAGAAAAAGAACGUUAAGGUUAAGGAGGAACAGCUGAGUGAUGAAGUGCUAGCUGGUCGUAGGGUUCUGCGGUCAAGUUCUGUGUUGACUGGUGGAUGUGAUAAAGUGAAGGGGCCUGAAGAUGUUUUGGAUUUGAAGAUUGAGGAAGGUGAUAAGUCUGAGAAUAAAUUGGUUGAGCAGAAGAAGGUUAAGGGUGAUCAAUUGGAUGGUGGGCUUGAAAAGAUCUCAGGACGUAAGCGCGGUAGACCACCUUUGGUGAAGAAGGUAGAGAGUGAUACCAGUGGACUGAAGAAGUUGAAAGGUAAACGUGGGAGGCCACGCAAAGUGGAAAAUGAAGUGCAUGGUCAAUUAGCAUCGGGUAGUGGGGUGAAGAAGAAGUUGAAGCAUAAGCGUGGAAGACCCCCCAAAAUGCAAGAGAACAGUAAACCUAUAAAACUUAAUCGUGGAAGGCCCCGAAAAGUGCAAGAGGGGCCUGGAGUGUUGAAACUUAAGCUUGGGAGACCCUCAAAAACACAAAAGAGAGAUGGAUCUUUGAAGCAUAAGCUAGGGAGACCGCGUAAGAUGGAAAAUCAAGACAAUAACAAGUUGGUGUCUGAUGGUCAGUUAAGACACACACGAGGGAUGCCCCUGAUGGUACAGGAUAGCUAUGAGGAUUUGAAGGGGGGUGUUGAUAUUAAGGAAAGAGAAAUAGAUGCUGAUGAUUUAAGGCAGCCUGUACAUUCUGUCCUGCAGCCUAAUGAGCAGGACAAUGUGAAUCCGAACCUGCCAGCUUACUUGUCAUGCCAGGAAACAGAGCAGAAUGGAGAAGAAUUGAAUGUGGAGAUAUUAUCAUCACCUAACAACAACAAAAUUGGGGUGGAAUUGGUGAUCAAGGAAGCUGAAGCCACAACUAGGAAGAGACCCAAGACAGUUAAUGAACAGAGCCUUGAAUACCAGAAGGAUAGUGUUGGGGAAGGGAAAACUAAAAGAAAGGAUAGAGAAGUGGAGCCUCCUAGAAGUGUGGUAAAACAGUCGGUGAGAGAGAAAAUUAUAGAAUUGCUUUUGAGUGCAGGCUGGACUAUUCAACAUAGGCCUAGGGCUGGCAAGGCUUACCUUGAUGCUGUGUAUGUAAGUCCAGAAGGGAAGACUCACUGGUCAGUCACUCUUGCUUAUAAGAUGCUUCAAAAGCACUACGAAACUGGUAAUGGUGAAAAUAAGGUUUAUAAAGCUGGUUUUGAAUUUAUUCCGAUACCCCGUGAGGAAUUUGGUAUACUUAAAAGGAUAGUUCUUAAGAAAAGAAAAGGGAAAAAAAAAUUGAACCCAGAAGCAGGAAAGGAAACUUGCAAGACAGAGUAUAAAAGGAAACUGGUGGCAAAAUCACGGAGAGGAAGGCCCAAAGGGAAAUCUUUACAUCGUCAGCGAGAAAAAUCAGCUGGCAGUCAACGCAAGCGAAUACCGAUUUUGGUUCGGGGUCACAAGCAGAAGAAAACUCAAAAUGGAAAACGACGUACUUUGUUGGUUCGCAGCUCCUUGGAGGAUUCAGAUUCAGAUUCUGAUGGUUAUAUCCUGUAUUCUGGGAAGAGAACUGUGCUUGCCUGGAUGAUUGACUUGGGAACUGUUACACUCAACGGGAAGGUGCAUUAUAUGAACCGAAGAAAGACACAUGUGUUGCUUAAGGGUCAAAUUACAAGAGAUGGCAUUCUCUGUGACUGCUGUAGUGAAACCUUAACAAUAUCACAAUUUGAAACCCAUGCAGGAAGUAAACUCUGUGAACCAUAUAACGACAUAUGUCUAGAGUCUGGAACUUCACUCUUGCAAUGCCUGUUAGACUCUUGGAAUAAGCAACUUGAAUCUGAAUGUAAGGGGUUUCAUUAUGUAGACAUCAAUGGUGAAGACCCGAAUGAUGACACUUGUGGUAUAUGUGGAGAUGGAGGAGACUUGAUCUGUUGUGAUGGUUGCCCAUCAACAUUCCACCAAAGUUGUUUAAAUAUUCAAAAUUUCCCUUCUGGUGAUUGGCAUUGUGUAUAUUGCUCAUGCAAAUUUUGUGGGAUGGCUGGUGGAAGGGAAUUUCAAGAGAAUGAUAAUGUUGGUUUGGGUGCUUCAGAGAUUUUUACAUGCCAUUUGUGUGAGGAAAAAUUUCAUCGAUCUUGUAGUAGGGCAAAUGAUGCUGGGUAUAAUUUUUCCAGCUCUUCACCCUUCUGUGGGAAGAAGUGUCAACAGCUAUUUGAGAAACUGACGGCCCUUAUUGGGGUGAGACAUGAUAUGGAAGAAGGAUUUUCAUGGACUCUUGUUCGUCGGUCUAGUGUGGGCUCAAGUACUUCUGUAUGUGAUAUAUCUCAAAAAUGCAAUGAAGCACAGAAAAUUGAAUGCAAUUGCAAGAUAGCUGUUGCGUUGUCUAUUAUGGACGAAUGCUUUUUGCCUAUGGUUGAUCACAGAAGUGGGAUCAAUCUGAUUCAUAACAUUGUCUAUAAUUUUGGGUCUAAUUUUAAUCGCCUGAAUUAUAGUGGUUUCUUAACUGUAAUUCUAGAGAGAGGUGAUGAGAUUGUCUGUGCAGCUUCAGUUCGAAUCCAUGGAGCUGAAUUAGCAGAAAUGCCAUUCAUCGGGACCCGCUAUAUGUAUAGGCGCCAAGGAAUGUGCCGACGGCUUUUAUGUGCAAUUGAAUCUGUCCUCCGUUCUCUAAAUGUCGAGAGAUUGGUUCUACCUGCUAUCUCCCAACUUACAGGAACAUGGACUUCGGUAUUUGGUUUCAGGCCCCUUGAGGUAUCACACAAGAAGAAAAUUAAAAAUAUGAACCUGUUGGUUUUCCCUGGCAUAGAGAUGUUACAGAAACCACUGUUGCAGAUUGAAAAUGCAGAAAAAAGUUCAAUUAUUGCUGAAGGUCCAAGUUCCAGUGAACCUGAGCACCAUACCAAGGAGGAAGUGUUGUGUAAAACUGACGAAACGUGCAUCAAAGGGUGUGUUUCGAACAUUUCUAGUGAAGCAAAUCAAACUAAUGGUGUGAAUAUAAAUGAACCUGCUAGUGUAUCCAGUUUGCAGCUUUCUGAUGGCUCUUUGGAUAAUAGUAACAGAAAAUGUUUGAUCGAGCUUUCUGUGGCUCAUGCUAAUAUGGAAGGUAAAAUCAAAAGCUUAGAAGAUUCAUAUGGUUUAUGUGAACAGACUGAAGAGACCAGGGACUGUCAAAAUGAUUUUUGUGGCUCAGACACUUCAGUUCUUGAUCAGAAAGUAAGGGAAUUGGGAAGGCAAUUCAACCAGUGUGGUAUAUCUGAAGAAAAAAUUGAAUCUUCGGUUGAUGCCACUAAAACUGGGGGAUCUGCUCUCUGUGCCUCCAGGGAUGAUACCGAAUGUGCUUAUUGUGAGGCAAAAGUGGAGGAUCACACUGUUGCAAGCAAUCUCGAUUCUCAUGAUAAGGUUUCUACACACUGCUCUGCUGGAAUCAGCACUUCUGAACUUGAUGGAAAGACUCUUUCACCUGAGUUGGAAGUUUCUGUUGAAAAUGUUUGCCAUGACUCUAGGACUGGAGCCGAGAUAUCCAAUGGUGAUACAGAGAACUGUCAUCAUCCUGAAGAAAAAAUGCUCAUAUGUCAUGAAAAUGACUGUGCAGCUGUUCAACAAACAUCUGCAUCAGUAGAUGACAAACAUUUGACAUCUAAUGCCUAUUCUGUUUCCCAAAAUACUAACAAGGUCUCUGCUGAUGCGGUUUACCCAAUUUUAAACCAAGAAGCCAAAGAUGACAUUAAGGAUAGAACGCCUUUGCCGGUUGACUCUAACUGCGACCCUUCUAGUGUAGCCUCUGUUGACAGUAAUGGACUUUGCAAAUCCAAGGAGGUUAUUUCCAGUUCUCUUGGGGUAGUGGUGGAUGGUGUCCAGCAUUGAACUGUAAGCUUUUCCGCUGGAACAUGUUAAAUAACUAAUACUAUGCUGAUGUGAAUUACCAACCAAAAGGUCUGGGUUAAUUGAUGUCUCCUCCAAAGCAAUCUGAACUUAUACUCAGUUUGAUGAUAUUAUUUGGGGCAAAGUCUGACUGGCUGUUCACUGUGCUUCUGGUGGGAUAAUUUUUUUGUCUUGAUUCUGCGGUUACAGUUCUAUGUGAGGGUAUAUAAUAACAGGGCAAGUACUUUUGGGUGGUGUUGACGUGAGUUUAUUUUUGGUCCUUAAUUUUCAGGGGUGCCCAUAGCAUAAGCAGAUGGCAGUGGAGCAAUAUUUCUUGUAGGUAUUUAGGGAAGGUACAUAAUUGUUUCUUUUUCUGUUAAUAGCUAAGCUUUAACGUUACUGUAGUGGUUUGUACUAUUUUAGCACAAGUGACACAUUUGGCUACUCUGCGAAAGUCACAUAUCGGUUUGUGUAUUAUGGGCCUCCCGCAUUGUAAAUAUAACUAUUCAUCGAUUUAGGAAAAUAUCGUCUUUAUUCCGAGGAGCA